GUUGUUUCUAAUGGGGCUUAAAAAGUAUGGAAAAGGCGAUUGGAGGAAUAUCUCGCGAAAUUUCGUUAUUACUAGAACCCCAACUCAAGUGGCAAGUCAUGCUCAGAAGUACUUUAUCAGACAACUUUCCGGUGGCAAAGAUAAAAGACGCGCCAGCAUUCAUGACAUUACAACAAUAAAUCUCAAUGAUAAUCAAACGCCUUCACCGGAUCACCAAAAACCAACUUCAAUCGAUCAAUCCACUGUGAUUUCCCAGCAGCCAAAAUCGGCUGACAAUGCCAUGCACAAAAUUCCAUUUCAGUGGAGUCAGGUGAAUAAUGGCUUUAAUUAUGCAGAAGGAAGUUUGUUCGUGUCUCCUCCUUAUGGAGGUAACUCUUAUGGGGACAUUAAAAUGCAAAGCCAAAGUCUGCAGCAAAGAGGUGCUAUGCGUGAGCCUUACUUUGGAUCUCAAAGUAUGAAUUUUCAGCUUCAAUCGGCACAGCCUUACUAUCAUGCAUGACAUAGGCAUAUCCAAAAUAUUAGAACUUUGAUCAAUGCGUCAAAAUAUGCUUAUUUUCAAUUCAGUAUCCAGCUUCUGUUGUCGUUCUACAUCUCUCUUGUAUUGUGAAUAUAUGUUGCUUGGCACUUUGAGUUAGCCAUGAGUUAGUGUGUCCUUUUAGGAAGUCCAAGAUCCUUACUCUCUGAAGUGUGUACUUAAAACCAUAGUACAAGUGGAGUUCACAGUGGCAAAAUGAGCAUAGAGGAAUGGACAGAAACCUGUAAAAUCCUUUUGAGGGCAUAAUAGAAUUACAAGAGAUGGAAGGAAAAUGGCCUGAUUUUAUGUGCAUUUCAUGAAGAUCAUGGAGUAUUACUAGCUAUUGUACUCUAAAUGAAAAUCACAGACAAAUAAAGGUCUGUUUGAAAUUUUAUGGCAUUUGAGAUUUGACUAUUGAUUGUAGUAA